AUGGCAGUCCAAAAACGAAUAUGCGUUUGGUUUCUGGUGGUCGUCACAUUGGCUACUACUAUGGACUCGACAUGUGCUCGGAAUGUAGAAGAAUCGUCAUCCUCAUCAGCAUCCUCCAACAACAACAACAACAAUAACAACAACAACAACAACAACAAUACAUUGGAUAUCAUGGAUGGAAUGAUUGAGUCAUCUUCUCCCUCGGAUACACCCUCUGUUCCCCCCUCUGUUCCCCCCUCUGCUUCACCAUCAUCCAACAAUAGUAACUCCUCUAGUGAUGAUGAUGAUAUUGGUGGUGGUUUGCCAAAAUACGACGAUAACUACAUCAUUGCUGCUGAUGAUGAUGAUCACACUGACGACGUCGGCAAAGUGCUAGGAGACUUCAUCAGAUCUGGUUUAUUGGUGAUAUAUUGGACCAUUGGCACUAUGUGUACUUCUUAUUUGUUGUGUACUAUUUAUGGGAAGCGACGACGGAGACGACGGCAACAACGAGAAUUGCUGAGUCGCCGCUAUGAAGAAGAAUUGCCCAAUCAAUAUGAUGAUGACGAUCAUAUUAUUGCCCAUCAUGAUAAUGAGAAUGGUGAUGAUGAUUUAGAAAAGACGGGAUCGAGAUCUGAACAAAUCAUCAAACGAUUCUACUUUCAAACUGUGCUAUCUGAUAAAAGCAAUACCACAUCAGAAAGUAUUAGGUCAUUGGUGAAAGAAAACGAUUCCAGAAGACAGAAUCACGACGAAGAGAAUCCUUCGAAUGAUAACGAUGAUAAAGAAGAGAAGGAAAAAGCCGUCACUACACCAAAGAAAGUAGAUUGUGACGACGAGACAAGCGCUACAACGACUGAAGAGAGUAGUACUAGUACCGCCGGUCAAGAAAAGGGUGAUUGGUUCUUUCAGUCUUGGUGGAACAGCACUAUCACAUCGCCAACAAAAAAGGAAUGCUGCAUUUGUUUGCAGGGAUAUGCCCCAAGAGAAAUCAUAUGUGUGCCCAUUACGACUAAAUGCAAUCAUGUCUUUCAUAAGGAUUGUGUAUUACCCUGGUUGCAUAGAAGUAAUGCUUGUCCACUGUGUCGAGUUGAUUUGAUGAAAGUAGAGGAACAACAACAAUAG